AUGUUUGAAAACAGGCAGAAGCAAGUCGCUCUGACUGUUGGCUUGAUCAGAGAAUUUGGUAGCCUAGAGACUGCAGAUGAUCCGGCAUGGCUCGCCAACUCAAUGAAGAGUUGCAAAUUCGAGUAUAUGGCAGACAUAUGGCAGGACUAUGAGAAGUAUGUUUUGAAACUUUGCAGUCAGUGGUUCGAAAGCCUUUACAUCCCGAGUGGACCAACGAUCUCAUCAGCAAUGGACCCUCUAGCCAACGAGGUUGCGCCUCCACCGAAGACUAACAGGGAACCAAUAACGUCCGUCAACAAAAAGAGCUCCACUUUGAAGAGAAUCACAGAAAACCUACUUUCUCACCUCCGACGUCUUAGACGUUCUCCUCAGCUCCGGGAAAGUUGA